GUUUACAACUCCACAUUUGAAUUUAGACCAAAGGAAAGUCUCCUAGCGCGAAAUGAACACAUUUCUUUCCCGUUUGAACACAAUUUUUGCGUUUACUUUGACAGUACUCGCUGCCCUAACAUUCCUAUGUUUUCUAUCGACGCUUUUUAAAACUCAUCAAGCACCUCUUCGUCUUCAAACAAAGAAAGUUUUGGUGAAAAAUGUUCAAGAUUUUAGCGUCUCCAAGGACAAGAAUGAUUUGGGAUUCAUCACUUUCGAUCUUGAGGGAGAUAUGAAAGGAAUUUUUAACUGGAAUGUUAAGCAACUAUUUUUGUAUCUAACAGCUGAAUACUCAACAAAGAACAAUAAAGUUAACCAGGUAGUAAUCUGGGACAAAAUCAUCCUACGAGGGGACAAUGCACUACUCAACUACCAUGGCAUGAAUACCAAGUACUACUUCUUUGAUGAUGGGCUUGGACUCAAAGGUAACAAAAAUGUCAGCCUCUAUUUAUCAUGGAAUGUAAUUCCCAAUGCUGGCAUCCUUCCACUGAUAACCCAAGAGAACAAGUUCUAUUUUGACUUCCCUGAUGAUUAUACUGUUAACAGAGCUGGUUUUGAUCAUUAAAAAACUAUUUAAUAUGUUUUACAGUGAAAGUAUCAUGAGUAUAGAAGUCCAUAUUGUGUGCAAAAUAAACUUUUCAUAGUUUCUGAAGCAUAAUGUGUAGUUCCAGAAAAUAUCCAUACCUCCCCCACAGAAGGG